AUGGGUUCAGAUGCUUAUAUUCAGCUUCCUGUGAUCGAUUUUUCCGUGCUAGACAACCAGAAUCCAGACCUUUGCGUCUAUGAUUCCAUCAAAACCCAAGUUUUUGAAGCCCUUCAGGAGUACGGUUGCUUCCACGCAUCCAUAGCUGGGGUUUCACCUGACCUUCAAAAUUCGGUAUAUGGUGCAAUUGAGCACCUUUUUAAUCUCCCGACAGAAACCAAGUCCAAAAACACAUCAACUCAAAUGUUUUACGGGUAUAUCGGAAAUACUCCACAACUUCCGUUGUAUGAAAGCAUGGGUAUUGAUGAUCCUUACAUCCCAGAACAAGUCCAAGAGUUCACCAAUCUUAUGUGUGAAACCGGUUAA